AUGACGCCCGACCGAGGGCCGGAGCGGAACGGCGGCGCGGCGGCUCAGGGGACGGCUGAGCAGGACCGGCAGCCCCGGUCUUCACCGGAGGAGACUCCUGCUGAGUCCCCUUUCUGCUAUCGCCCGAGAGCCAAGGGCCUUGAAAUCAUCGGGGAUGUCUCCAGGAGGGUCAAAAAAGUCAAGUUGGCAGCUGCAGCCAUGCAAUCAAAUCACUGCAAGGAGUGUAAAAAAGGGCCGGCCUUCAGUCAUGCGGUCAUUGCCGUUACCUGGACUGUUUUUUUGACACGCUGGCCCCCCGUGGAUGUACCAACGUCAGAGUCCCCACAGUGUACAAAAAACGUACCGUGCCAUUUUUUGCCUCCCCCUUUGCAGGUCACCUGUGCAGACCCCUGGCACCGCGUCUACCAGAAGCACGACACUGAACUUAGUCUCUCAUGCUUCUGGGAUGGGCACGUGGACCUGGAGUAUUCCAGGAUGCCCGGGCGGGCUUCGGAGAUUGAGGGAGGAGAGCCAGGCCCCCAGCCGCCUCCUCGCUGUCAGUGGUACCAAGACACCAUCUUGGUCACACAGACCCAUCGCUGGUCGGGCCAGCUUGGGUUGAGCGAAGGCCUGGACGGAGGACACCCCCACCCGCCUGGGGCCUCGACUCGGAUUGUGGUGCACUGUGUGUCAGCCCUGUGCCAUGCGCCUCCCUGCACUCACCGCAACUUUAGCAUUGAAAUUUCCAGGCAAGAUGUCCACCUCUUCCUCCUGUCACCACAGAACCUCUCCAUCUGGGAAUGGCAACCCGUGACUUUAGGCUGGUGCGCACGCCUUAAAAGUUCCCCCUGGAGCUACCGCUUUAAGAGCGAAGGGGGUAGCCCUGCACAGCUCCUUAUUCCCAGCAACCAACACUGCGAACCGCUUGCCCACACACAGUUGCCCCCUGCCUGCGAAGGGUAUUAUAACUAUCACGUAACCGUGCGUUAUGCCCGGCGUGGAUUCUAUACCGUUUCGCUCCACCUGGAGAAUGGGCCUCCCCUCAGCCUCAGCCUGGGCUUCCAGGUGCAACCUGCUCUGCUCCACGUCUUCAGCGCCUCUUCUGCCCUGCUUAGCCGAACCCAGAGGUCUCUUGCCCUCUCCUGGACGCUCCAGCCUCUGAGCGCCAGCAUCACAGCCUACACGUUGGAGGGGCUGCAGGGCCUGGAGGAGUGGUCUCUCUCCUACAGUUACAAUCCUUUUGCUCGGCAAAGCAAUUUCUGCGCUCCCCCCCCCGCACAAGCGUCUGGGAAGAAGGUGAUCUCCAGAAUCUACUUCCGUACCCAUAAAACGUUCUCAGAGGAGCUGAGAGGACAUCUUGAUUUCUCUAAUGACACUUUGAUUUUCCAAGCAAGGAGCGCUGCCCCGAUGUCCAUCAGGCUCAACCCACAGAAAAUCAAAGCAGGGACGUACAUUUUCAGCCAGGAACAGGAGCUCUUGUAUUCCACCCUAGAAAGCAGCGGGCCCUCCAUGACUGGGGGGCCCUCCAGUCUCCACCACCUCUUUCUCCAACAAGUGGCCCUUUCUUCCCUAAUUGUUAUUGAAUUUGUGAAGACAGAAUGGUUUAGGUUCAGCAUGCACUUAUAUCUGAACCAAAAGGAGCUUCUGUUCAAGUCCUUAGGUGAGAAAGAGAUUGAUGUUCAUGUCUUCAGCGGACAUUCUCCGGAUAAAAACUUUGUUUAUAUCAUCUGGUUCAUUCCUGUGCCGAACCCCCACUUGCAGUGUGACUGGGCUUUCAGUCUGCAGCUUUUCCAUUCCAGCAAGGAACACCUCCUUUGGAAUAAGACGUAUACGUACAGGGACCGUGUUAAAAAUGCCACUCGUUUUCUUCCUGACACUGUCUUGUCUUUCAGACCCACACAGCACGCAGGCUUUGUAGCUGAAGUGAAUUGCAGGCAAAGCGGACUCGCCCGGGCCGUUUUAAAGGCCACCGUUGGUAAUUAUGCCUCAAGGGUGAUGGAGCCAGCUGUGGCCUGCCAAAAAAGUUAUUGCUACAAACUGACCAUUGCGAUCCAUAAACCUAAUCCUUUGGAUCCUGUGCUGCGUUAUAGGAGAGAGAAAGCGAUCACUUUGCAAGCAACAGCCAGAGCAAAAUGCAGGACACGUCCAGAACUAGCUCUCCUUUGGAAAAUAUACAAGCUUAGCACUGCGUGGUCUAUUCCAGACUGGCCAAAUCCUCUUGCCCUCCCCGAGGGGACGAAUACAGGUGAUCUCGUGUUGCACAUACCUGGAAACGCCCUGUCGUACGGCUUCCAUCGCGUUAAUUUGACCACGAGCGUCCAUCUACCUGCAGAAAAUAUAACGUUCACGGAGUCCAGCUCAGUUUUCCUCCAAAUUCUGGAAAGUGGGUUAAUGGCAGUUAUAGCUGGGGGCCUAUUCCGGACCAUUGGCAUUUCUGAUCGGUGGUCCUUGGACGGGUCCACAUCCUUGGAUCCUGACUCUGUCGAGCCUCUGGAAGGAAUUCUGUUUCACUGGUUCUGCAGCAGACGGGAAUUAGACUAUUCUGCGAUGACGUUGGGUCCAGGUCAGAAAUGCCACCCAAGACAACUUGAUAUGUACUGGACCCACUCCAAAGAGCCAGUGCAGGUGGUAGAACCGAAGACGCUUCAGGAAAAUGCAACGUAUUAUUUUAAGCUGGUCAUUACCAAGCACAACCUAUCUGCGCACACGUUCCAAGCAGUUCAUGUGCUUCCUGGUUCUGUGCCUGUUCUGAGCAUCGUCUGCUUUGAAAACUGCGAGAACGCCAUCAAAGUCACGGAAAGAUUGGUUCUGUACGGAAAGUGUCGGAACUGCGAAAAAGCCCACUUGGCUUACUUCUGGACCCUUCUUUCAGCAGAUGCCAAGGAAGUAAACUUUGACUGGGCUUCUAAAACCACAACCGGGAGAGCGAGCCCAUAUUUGCAUAUAAAUUCUUUGGCCUUUAGACACAUGGCUGGCCAAUUCUAUACCCUUAAACUGAAGGUGAGCACAGGGGGCAUCCAGCUGGCGGUGUGCAGCUAUUCCUUUUAUGUCCAUGUCCCCCCUCGGGUUGGGAAGUGUUUUAUUGAACCAAGGGAAGGCAUUGCGUUAAUGACAAAAUUCUCUCUCCAGUGCACUGGAUUUGAUGACAAGAAGGGACCUCUUACUUACAAGGUGAUAGCCCGUUCUGAUCUUGCCAAAAUAGCUAACAUACCAUCUUUGCAAAACAAUACAUUUGGAACCAUAGUUUAUCUCGGUCAUCAGCAGAAACCCCCACCAUCCUUUCUCCCCAGUGGUAUUCCAUCUGAAAAAUAUGCUCUGAACAUAUUUGUUCAAGUAUAUGACACCGAUGAUGCAUUUUCUCAGGUUGGGUUGCAGGCCACAGUCCACGAAUCAAGGACCAGUAAGCCAGCUGACGUUGUUCUCCAUGAAUUGUAUCACCUAACCAGACAGCUCAAUAGCCCUAGCUCUGUCUUCCUUGAAACCAAAGAUUACUUUCACGCAGGCUUCAUUAUGUAUAUGGUGGCCUCUGAAUUAAAUACCCUUGAGGCAUUGCCAGGUUUUGAUCAUUCUAAAACUGAACUGCGAGAAAUGCUUCUUAAUGAGUCUUUGCGGAUUCCCACGACCGAGAUAGGGAUGCUAAACCAAAUAAUCUCCAGUAUCUGCCAAAUAACACAGAACGCAAAUGAAAUCAGUAGGAAAUCCCAAAGCAUCGCAGUCAGAAUCCUGAAGAAGGUCAGUGAAGCUCUGAAAAGGCACAGGGACACCGAUCUUGGUUCUAAAGAAGCUGAGGUCCUCGCCAGUGGCAUUUUUACUGGGCUGUCCAAUGUGUUGAGGGCUUCCCUCUUAAGCCCUAGGAAUGUGCAUGAGAAAGCAGUCAAAGAAAUCAUUUCUGUGUCAGAAUUAUUGGCAGAUAUAGUCUUACAAGGCAAGGUCCCUGGGGAACACGACAUUAAUAUGGAAGCCAAAGGCUGGUCCAUCCAUUUAUGGAAAGAUGAAAGCUGGGAAGUUUCUAGGACUCUUGCUGUGAGAAGAUCCUGUAAGAACUGCUUUUACCCUAAAGUGAAGUUGGAAAGCCAGGCGGAGUUACCAGCAGAUGCCCUGAUUUCUAUUGUCCAUUACGUGUUUGAGGAGAAUCCUUUCCCUUGGCUGGUGAAGGCGGCAGAUAGUCCCACGGUUGUGAUGGGGUUCAAGGUGACCGGUGCCAAAGCCAACGGUGGCAUCACUGGGGUCACCCCUAGAGUGGCCGAAGUGAUCGCGGAUAGAAUGGAUGAGGAUCCCAUUGCAUUUAACCUGACAAUAGGGCUAGAUAAAAAGCGCGCUGCAACUGCAGGAGGGUUUAGCAUAGAAGUAAAUAGAAGCUCUCCAGACAUAUAUAUCCAGAUUUUGUGCAAGAGGGACAUCACUUUCAAUGUCUCUAUCUACUUGGGACUCAAUUUUAGCAACCCCCCGGUUCUGUCUUACACUGCUUUCUCUGAUAAACCUCCCCUUCUGCAGAAAAGGGAGACGGACACCAAAUGUGCAAUUAAGGCUCCAUACAUCCUUUGCCUCCCACGGGCAUUGCUCUGGUCUGGGCUCCAAGCCAAAGCUGCAAAUAAGCAGAAUAUUUCGGUGGUCCUAAGAUCUCGACCCCUGGUGAGAAGGCAGACCACCAAGGUGGUCCGCAUUGUGGUUUUUACCGCAAGCUGCCGAGAUCUGGGUCACCUUCCAAACUUUGAACCUUCCGGAGAGACCUGCCGCCUCGGCCCUCAGACCAGGUUGUCCAAGCUCCAUUGUGUCUGUGGAGCAAGUCCCAAAAUGGCCCAGCGCCCGUUCUCAAAGCCUUCUAAGCCUGAAGUCAGAUUUGUGGCUGGAACAUUUGUUAUUUACCCCAAUCCUUUGGAUUUCAAGAAAGUCCUCUUAGCGGAUUUUGACACAAACCCAGUGACACUUUUGACCGUGUUUUUCAUUUUUGCUGCCUACAUCUUCUGUACCUCCUGGGCCAUAAUGAGAGACAAAGAUGACAUGAGGAGGAAGAACAAAAUCUUUGUCUUGCCCGAUAAUGACCCUUAUCACAGAAUGCAUUACCUGGUGACCAUCUAUACGGGAAGUCGCUUGGGAUCUGGGACCACGGCUGACGUUUUUCUUGAACUGAUCGGGAGGGAUGGCUACAGCAAUGUCCACUGCAUGAAGCACCCCAAAUUCCCAACCCAGUAUCGUGCAGCCGUUGAUACCUUUCUUCUAGCUACCAGGUAUGACAUCGGGGAUAUUGAUUGCCUUCACAUCUGGCACAAUAAUGUUGGUUCUUCCCCAAACUGGUACUUAAGCAGAGUCAAAGUAUUCAAUGUGGAUACUCAGCAAUCGUGGCUGUUUAUAUGUAGGAACUGGUUAGGCCUCGGCAAGGCGGAUGGCAAAAUAGAAAGAUUCAUUUCUGCUUCAACAACAAAAUCAAAAUUACAGAAAAUGGAUUACUUUUUGAUCUGCCUGGCUAGAGACUUGGAGGAUAACCACCUCUGGCUUUCCAUAUUUUCUCAGGUGGUCACCGGUUCCUUCACCAGGGUGCAGAGAGUUUCUUGCUGCCUAGCUAUCAUGCUUUCGACUCUGCUCCUGAACAUCAUGUUCUACAGCGGUCAGGAAGAACGGGAUGUCAUUUCCUUACAGCUACGGAUUGUGAGAUCCAUGUACAUCGGAUUCUUCAGCGCUCUGUGCUGUGUCCCUUUGCAGCUGACUAUCACCGUCUUAUUCAGAUAUUCCCAGGAAAAGCCUUCCGACGACAAGGACGAGGCGGUGCCUGAAUACACCCCCUCAUCUUCGGAAACCAGCGAGGAAGAGGACAGCUCCUCGUCGUCCGAAACGUCUGACGAGGAAGAGGAGGCGAAGUCAGCAGUUAGCUUAGGUAACAUACCGGAAAAGGAGGCCCCUUUGGUUACUAUGAAAAAAAGGUUUAUUAUGCUGAUCAAGGUGUUGACUCGAAAGCCGCAGUUUGCCUGGUGGUGGAGAUACGUCGCCUGGGUCCUUGUUUUUCUAAUGUCCUUCGUUUCUUCUGUGUUCAUCAUCUUGUACGGCCUCGCCUACGGCUACAGUGCCUCGACAGAGUGGUUCAUAGCAUCCAUCACGUCGUUUUUUGAGAGCGUGUUUCUGCUUCAGACCCUAAAGAUGGUCACCAUCUCCGGUGUGAGUACCAUUAGUGUCAAGUACUGCAAGAACAUCUCCUGGUUCACUGCAGAGCAAUACCAGAAGAUGAAGCUGGUCAGAGUGAAUAUAGAUGCUAAGGAUGUCAGGAAGUUUCACCACGAACUGAUCAGGAUUAGGGAGACCAAGGAAUAUGAGCCUUUGGAAGAGGACGAGGUUGUCAUCCUAAGAAAGAAAGUACGAGCGCAGCACCUGGCAUUUGUCUUCAUAAAGGACAUCGUUUGUCACCUUGUCUUUGCCUCUUGUAUUUUAACCUUGGCUUACUCCACUGAACCCACAGUUUCUUUUUACCAAAAUAAAAUUAUCCAUGAUAAAUUUGCCGUUGGUCUGUCCAAGGCAACGAAACUUGAGGACAUUUACGUCUGGAUGAGUGACACCUUUGUACCAUUGAUACAUAAUGACUAUCGACCCACCUACCUUUCAGACUCAUGGACCAAAAUCCUUGGCUUGCCCAGAAUGAGACAGGUCAGAGGACAGCAUUUUGAAAAGCCGUGUUUUCCUCCAGGCCACUUUGCAAAUAAGUAUUCGAUUGGUAAAAGACCCUGUCACUAUGAUUUUGCUUCUGAUCCAGAGGAUCAAAAGCACUACCGUGGGUCAUGGGCCAACCCAAUCAAGAUGUCCACCUCCAGUUACACGGGUGAUUUUCAAGGGUUUACGUAUCAGUCAGACAUUGAUCAAUGGGAAUAUAAGUCAUAUGGUGUGGUACAUUCAUAUGGUCCUGGAGGAUACUCAUUUUAUUUCUUUCCAGGAGAACAACAACCCAAUACAACAAUAAGACUGGAAGAUCUGCAGAGGAAUAAAUGGCUUGAUGAACGGACCUGGGCUGUGAUUUUUGAGCUGACAACCUUUAAUCCGGAUGUAGAUCUAUACUGCAGCAUCACAGUCAUUUUUGAAUCUACCAGCUUGGGGAUUAUUAGCUCAACUUUGUCCGUUCAUUCAUAUAAACUCUCUAAAUUCCAGUAUGAAACCACCACUCAGAAGGUUCUUUAUGGAAUCAUUGUGUACAUUCUUGUAUUCUACCUGGCGGAUGAAUUUCAUAUGUUACGUCAGGAGAGAAUAGGUUAUCUCCAGACAGCGACAAACUUAAAUAAUUUCGCCAUAAAGAACAUCUGUAUGUUUUUCUUACUGCUCAUUGCACUGAAAUUCAAGCUGGCGUUUACCUUGUUAGAGUUCUACCUGCUUCAUCCAGAAGAAUUUGUUCCCUUCCAGGUUGUUUCUCAAAUUGACCAGCUCUACAGGAUGGUGGCAGGUGUUUUAGCUUUUCUCCUGGUGCUGAAACCCUACCGAUACUUCAGGUUCGUGUUCAAUGUGCGUCUUGCAGAGCAGACCAUGUCAGUUGCCUUCCCUGUGUUCCUUCACCUGACGGUUCUUGCCGCUCUGCUGUUCUACAUAUACAUGUCAUUUGGGUAUCAUUUAUUUGGCCCACACGAGUGGCAUUUUAGUACUUGGUUUCGCUCUCUGCAGACUGUAGUUUCCUACUGCUUUUCGGGGUUUAAGCAGAUGGGCGUGGCAUCGGGAUGGUGGCUCACGGUAUUUUUCCGAGCUUCGUUCCUAGUUACGAUGGUGUUUGUCUUCAUCAACUUGUGGAGAAGCCUGUUGAUAUCAACUUACACGUCAGUGAAACAGGCAGUUUACGAGCAGCAUUCAGAUGAAGCAGAAGCAAUAAACUUCUUGUACUUGAAGAUGCAAAGCGCAUGGUGCACAUUAACUCGCCAGUCAGCAUCUCCAAGCGAUCACACCAACGUUACAAUUUUCGGGAAACCAGUAGUCAGGGGUGGUCAACGGCCAGGGUUGAAAUGCAGUCGAAUAAAUGGUAAGAAAAUGGUUUACCUUUCAGCUUGA